AUGAUGUAUCCUUGGCUGAAAAGCGCGUGUUUCGGCCAACAAGUUAAGCAUAGUCAGUUAUAUGCAGGUCGUGAGCAGGCAGCAUUUCUUGGCAAACGUUUGGCUGAGUGUGGUAUCAACUUCGACCAACUCGUGAUGUCCACAAUGACAAGAGCUAAGGAAACAGCUGAGAUCAUCUUGGAACAUUUGCCACCAACUCUGAAGAGAUCGAGUUGUUCUUUGCUUGAAGAGGGGCCUCCAUAUCCCCCAGUCCCAGCUGUAGAUCACUGGAAGCCGCAGCAUGCCGAGUUCUUUGCGGAAGGCUUGAGAAUCGAGUCCGCAUUCCGUCGAUAUAUACAUCGUGCAUCUCCCUCACAGAAAGAAGAUUCUUACGAACUCUACGUCUGCCAUGCAAAUGUCAUUCGCUACUUCAUCUGUCGAGCUCUGCAGUUCCCUCCAGAAGGUUGGCUGCGCAUGUCCUUAGGAAAUUGCAGCAUCACAUGGCUUGUUAUUCGGCCCUCGGGCAGGGUUAGUCUUCGCAGCCUUGGUGAUAUUGGUCAUUUGCCUCCAUCUAAAGUGUCGUUUACUUGA